AACGAGAUCAAAAGACCCAGAAUCAAGCUGCCAAGUUGUUGCAUUAGAAGCACUUUGAUUUUACUUUCCUACUACACUUCCAUAUAAUUCUUUUUGUCCUCGCACGAAGACGCGAAACAUUCAGACAACGAAGUUUUACUCAGACAAAUGAAGUGGACAGAUUUAACCUGCUGACUCCUGCUUACUCAAAACAACUACAAGACAAUUCCAGCUUUUAUAAGCGAUGUCCAUCGAUCCUGAAAUAUUGUUUAAAGUUAUCGAGACAAAAUUUGCAACUUUAGCUUUCUUCUGACUUUCUGAUCAAACACUCAAGAAGUAAGAUAUCGGACAUUUUUGACAUUUCUGCCAUCUGGAGGGAGCCAAGGAUUAACAAAAAAAUUACAAAGCUCAUCAUUACGUGUCCUUCAUGAAGAAAGGGCGAAAGAAUAUUUAAAAGAAGCUUAUAGUUUUUCAGUAAUCUGCGAUUUUGGAAGUGAGAUUGAAUUAUUUAUUUAAAACAGACAGCAGAAAGUGGAAGUUUCUUCUGCACAGGCUUUAGAUAGAAAUUUCACUGAACUUAGAGGUAGAUCAGAACAGCAAUCGCUUACAAUAUUUUACAAGAUUUUCAAAUUAUUUUUCAUAUCUGCGAGAAAUUUUUAAAGAGUAUCUGAUGCAUAACCUGACGAUUUUCAUGUCCAAUAACACCGAAAAGUCUUCAAAUUUCUUUAAUACCUCAGAAAUUCUGGUGAGUUUUGUUGAAAAACUAGAAGAUGCCGGGCAAAAUGAGUCACUUUACUUACUACAAAAUACGACGAAUGUUUCUGGAAUUUAUUGGCUUAAUGAUAAUUCUACCAAUAAUUCUUUCUCUCUUUACAAUUUUACGAACAGGAUUUACGCCAACAUGACAUCUCCACUACACGAAAUGAAUCUUAUACAAAUGUUGCUCCUCACCAUUUUGUUAGGCUUAAUUAUUUUAGCGACAGUUGUAGGAAAUGUAUUUGUUAUCGCUGCAGUUUUCUUAGAAAGAAAUCUCCAAACAGAGGGCAAUUAUCUUGUUCUUUCCUUGGCUGUUGCUGAUUUGAUGGUAGCUUGCCUGGUCAUGCCCUUGGGAGCUUUUAAUGAGGUUAAUAACCGAAAAUGGAUUCUUGGCCCAGAACUCUGCGAAGUCUGGACAUCAGGAGAUGUUCUCUGUUGUACAGCAUCCAUCCUUCACCUUGUAGCUAUUGCUUUAGAUAGAUUCUGGGCAGUUACCAGCGUUGACUAUGUCAGGCAAAGAAGCGGCCGUAAGAUCGGCUUCAUGAUAUUCUUAGUAUGGGCGAUUGGAUUUCUGGUUUCACUUGCUCCUGUCUUUGGCUGGAAAGAUGAAAAUUUUCUUUACCGAAUAGAAGAAUUAAAAGAAUGCCUAGUGAGUCAAGAUACAGGCUAUCAGAUCUUCGCAACAUGUUCUACCUUUUAUGUGCCCCUGGUGGUCAUACUAAUCUUGUAUUGGCGUAUUUAUCAAGUAGCCAGAACACGCAUUCGUCACAAACCAGGUGCCAAAGCACUGCGGUCAAUCCAGCCUUCAGAGAGCCAACUAGUGCAAAUUCUGCCACAUGAUCAAAAAAGCUCAGCCUCGGUUCAAAAUACAGAAACUACAACUUCGGCGACAAAUGGUACCCCGUCAACAAGAGAAGUGACUCCAAUGAAAAUGAAGAAGAAGACCACUAGAGAAAAUACGGAAGCGAAACGUGAGAGAAAGGCUGCCAAAACACUGGCUAUCAUAACUGGAGCAUUCGUCAUCUGUUGGCUGCCCUUCUUCGUGAUGGCUCUUUCAAUGGCACUUCUCAAUGAUGAAUGGGAGCCUAAUCCUUACAUGUUUUCCAUCUUCUUGUGGCUGGGCUACGUCAACUCCAUGCUCAAUCCCAUUAUUUACACAAUUUUCAGUCCAGAUUUCAGGAGUGCAUUUAAGCGUGUUCUAUGCGGCAAAAAGUCUCGGAGACCAUAAGAAGUCCCCAUCGAACCUCCGUAGCAUAACUGAUUGCGUAAUUGGAUAACAUAAUUCCAUAGCGUAACUGAAUUUAACUUCACAGAUGAAUCAUGAUAUAUGUAUAUUACUUUGAAUUGUUAUAAAACAUUAAAAAUUUAAUAAUGAAAGAUCAUUUAUAUAAGGAAAGGUAUAAAAAUAAGAUUUGCAGUGUUCUUCUCUGUAUCGAAAGAAAUAAGUAUGAAAAUGCUACUUAAGAUUCUUAAAUAUUAUUUUUUAAAGCAAAAACUGAUUAAUUACUGUAUAAAUCCUCUAGCAUUGUUAUCUAAAGCCAAAAUUUCACUUGUAUUAAAAAAGCAGGAUAUUUGAGGAAUAUAAUGCAUAAAACAAACAGAAUCAUAAACAAAUAGCAAUAUAUAUUUUCGAUUUGUACACAGCUCUUGUAAAAUUUUAAAUUACUAUAAUUAUUUUUUAUGCUUUUGGUAUACGAUUCUUAAAUAUUACUGUCUAAAGCAAAAACUAAUUACUGUUUAAAAUCCUUUAGCAUUGUUAGCAGGAAAUUGGAGGAAUAUAAUGCGUAAAACAAAAAGAAUCAUAAACAAACAGCAGAAUAUAUUUUCGAUUUCAAUUGAUUUCGAUAUGAAAUUGAUUUCUUAAAUUUAGUAAGUCCCAUUUAAGGAAUUUUUGUAGUUGGAAGUACAUAUCUAUGACCAAUGUUUGUAAAAAUAAAGGCCGCAUGAGGACACUUAUGAACAACCCUGUCUGUCUUUAAAUAAUAAAGUAUUUAUCAAUACGCAUAUCUUGUAUGAUUAAUUAAGAAAGAACACCAGUUUAACGAAUUGUAUAUAUUGAUUUAUAGAUGAAUAUAAUCUGAGAUUUUAAGGAAAUGUUAAUAGUACUGUGCUCUCUCUCUUUAUAGCAUGAGAGCUGGGGCCAAAGUAAAUAGUUGUUAUAUUAGUGAAAGGCUUCGCGAAGAAAAACAAUAUAGCGACUGCAUAACAUAAAAAUUAUAUACUCAUCAAAGUCAAACACAUAAAAAUUAAUGCACUUUUCCCAAUGUCUGAAAAAAAAAACUAAAAUCGGGGAAAGCCAAGCAGUGGAUAUAUCGGAACGUUUACUCAAUCCUUGAAAAUUUUGUGUCACUGCUAUUUUCCGGAAACUGAAAGAUUAAUACGAGCAGAGACGGUUUUCAAAAGACAAACUCAAUUGGCUCUGGUAAAGCUUGUUAAUUUUACCAGAAUGUAUUUACUAAGACGUAAACAAAUAAAUAACUAAAACAAAUUUCUACCUUAAAAAGACCAUUUCAAUAAUUUUUCAUUUUUGAUAAAUACAUUUUAUUCAAAGAUGCAGAUGCAGAAAAUGUGAAAGAUAAAACGCUAAGAAAUCAUCAAAAAGCGAAGAGAAAGAGUUCGGAUUUAAAUAAACUAGUGGUAAAACAGAAAAGACUUUAGAUCCCCUGAAAAGAAGUUUUAUUUCUAAUUGACAAUAACAGGUAGCAUAAGCUGCACGUUUUUAUAAUCCUAAUCAAAUAAAUACUUUUAAAUUAUAGAUAAUUCCCCCCUUUACAUUUCAACGCUGAAUGCGUAUUACUGUAUCCGUGAAUAUACUUUUUAUGUAUUUCUUCAAUGUACGUGUUCGUAUAGUAAAUAAUGAUUAAAAAAGGAAAAAAUUAAAAAGAAGGAUACCAAAAUUACAGUCGUUAAAUGUAUAGAGAAUACAAGUGGUCCAUAAAUGUACAGAGAAUUAAGCUUUAAAAUGUAUUCUAUUUAAAGUCUAUAAGCAUUUGUUACUAAAUAGGCAGGAAAUGUUAUACUAUUAUGGCAAUAAGAAAUCAAAAUCUUAUACUAGACGGGAUUUAUUGCAGGUAUAUUAAGUUUUCAGGCUUAAAAUAUUACUUUACGCAGAGCUUGUUGGUCUGAUUAGAAAUAUGAAGCAAUUGCGAAAAUAGUAGCUGCAUAGUUGGAAGCAUGCACGAAGAUGAAAAACGACGAAUAACCCUCAAUCAUUAAAAUCUCCUUCGACUGACUGCUAAUGAUACCAUUGACUAAGCAAUAGAAGGAGAUUUUUUUUUCUUUCUCGGACAAGCCAAAUGGUACAAAUGUGCUGAUAUUCCUUCACUGAGCGCUGUAGAUACAAUGCUAAAACAAUGUUGAACUGUUUUCGUGUCGUACAUGACUCCAGUCCGAUUUGCUCACAUUUCAUCUUUUAAAAAAACAACUUUUGAUAAUUCGUUUCAUUUUUAACAGAUAAUUUAAUUCAAAAAUCCAAUGUUUAAGAAAAGCAGAAAUUAUGAAUGAUAUAUUAUUAAAGUUUCAAGAGGAAAAUAAAAAGUAAAAUUAAGACUUUAUUUAUAGUUCUACACAAAAUAAAGCUACAAUUACAACUUCAAAAAAAUUAUAUUUUUUCAGUGCCUCAUUCGGUAUUCUGAAGACUUAGGCAAAGAGUUCUUUCGCAAGCUGUCAACGUUCACUUCCCUUGUUUUUGUAAGAAAAAGAGUUAGUAAAAAUUGCAGGAUUGUUUGCACUUAGAACACGGCGCCCUAGGUCAGGACUUUGUAGCCUUAGGCACUAAUCAGGCCCCACUUUUAAUCUAAGGUAACAGGUGGCAGAAAUUCACAUUCUUAUCGUCAUAAGCAGUUAAUCAGUUAAAGCUUGUAGAGACCAGUGGAUAAACUUCUGUGUGAAAACUGGAGUAGCAGGAAACUACACAAGAGAAGGGUCAAAGUACCCUUUAUUAAAUCUUUGAAAUUUUACAAUGCGUCAACUCGACGCUAACAAACUUCGUCUGUGCUUAGGCGAUAACUGAAAAUCAAGUAUCAAAGCUAAAAUUUGAAGAAAUUAACUAAUGAUAGAAUUAACCUACAGGGCUCAGUGAGAUCCCGUAAUUUAAACCCCCUUCAAAACUAGUGGUAGCAAAUGAAUGCAAUUAAGCCACUUGAACCAGCAAUAAGCAAACGUAUCUACGGCAGAGGUGACGUCUAGAGUCUAACUCUCUCCUUUCUCCUACUGAAACUCGGUUUUUAAAUACAUCUGCAAAGUAGAAAUUUGCAUUCUUUCACGCGCGCUACAAAAUUUAACUAUUCUGGCACUGACAAUUAGGGGAAUGAAGGCUUACAGGAAAGUUUUUAAAAUUAAAUUUUAACUUGUUAGUUAAAAUAAAUAUAAAUCGCUGCAAGCUGUUAAAUUAUUGAAAAUUUAGCGUUUAACCCUUCAACCUCGAAUGUGUACUGUUGGGUUUGUAUUUUGUGCAUGUUUCCGUCCAGUAAUACAACUUGUAAAAGCCUAAUAUUUUGCUAAUAUGUCGCGAAUCAAAAAAAACAGAAAAAAAGAAAGAAAAAGAAAAAGUGAAAAACAAAGAAAAAAAUCCCAUUAAAUGUUUAAAAUUUAUAACAAAUCGAGGAAAAAAGAAAAACAGUACGACUAUAAGCAGACAAAAAAAAAGGCAAAGAAAAGAGGAAACACGAGAAAAAGAAAAUAAACAAAAAUUACAUCAUUUAAAUGUUCAGCUACUAUAAACAGUAACAAAAGAGAGAGUGAGAAAGAAAAAAAAAGAAGGAAGAAAGAAAAGAAAAAAUUACAUUUAUUUAGAAAUUUAGCGACUAUUAGUAAUCUAGAAAUGUAGAGAGAAUUAAAUUUUAAAUUGGAUUCUAUUCAAAGUUUAUAAAUUUUAUUUUUAAAUCUGAAUGAGUGUAAAUAAAUCAAUAUUAAUAUGGCGAUAAGAAAUCAAAAUCACACAGAAGACGAGAUAGCCUACAUAUAGUCUAUGCCCAGGACUUAAUUUCUAAAAUCAGAAGUUCUGGAGCCCUAUGGAAGACAGUCAAGAAAAGUAAAUUAAAAUAAAUAAUUAAAAUUAAAUAGAGCGUAAAGAGAUUAAAAAUUAAUAAACUGCGAUAAAUUAAUGACAAAUAUUUAAGCAGUUAAUUAAAAUCCCGGAGCUCAUUUUAUCUCGGGCUUUAUUUAUUACAAUUUCACUCAAAAUCAUAACGGAGCCGGGUUUCGGCUGAAGCCCAGGGUAUGCCCUCAAACUUGAAACAUUAGCUUCCAUACGUUUGUUACCUUGAGUGGUAAUAUUUUAGAUCAACAAACAGCAGUGACGAUGGCUGCACAUUUUCAAACGUUCUCAGAGAUGAGGAGAGAGUAAUUAUCCUCAAUCAACUAUUAAAGUCUUCUUUUAUUGACUGUUUAUCGAGUGACAUCACUGGUUAAGCAGUCAGUCAAAAAAAAUAUUUGUUUCUCUUUCCUGUAUAAUGUUUUUGGAUGUUACAGAAGUGCUGAUAUACCCACAUUGAACGUAUUAGCUAUGAAGCUAAAAAUAGCGAAUUACUUUUUUGCUAUUGUACAUUCCUCCAAUCGUGUAUGCACAUAUUCUGUCUAAUUAUAAAGUAUUGAUCAUUCGUCUAAUUAUUUAUAUACAUCAUUUAGUGCCAACAUUAGGAAGACAUGUAAAUUUUGUAAACGAAACUGAGUGAAAUUUUCAAACCAAAAAGUAAAGAAAAGCAACAGAAGAUUUACGUACCAUUUUACAUGAAACUCUGCAUAUUCUAGAUCAUUUCAUACAAAUUCAGUUUCUAAAUCGAUAGUAUCAAGUGGGAGAAAAUGCAUAUUUUUCUUGCCAUAAUCAAUUAAUUGAUUACAGUCAUUAAAGUAUUCACAACUCACCGUUCGAUCUUUCAAUCCAAAUGUGUAAAGUUGUAUGUGGUAAUUUAACGGAAUUUAUUUGUUGAUUUAAGUAGAUAACAAUAACUUGUGAAAUUACAAUAUUGUGUUUAGGUAUAUCACGUGAUAGAAACGGUUAAAAGAAAGGAAAGUAAUUGCUUUCAUUAAAUUUUUAAUGACUAUAAGAAGUCUAAAAAUGUUCAAAGAACUAAAAUUAAAGGACAUUCUUUUCGAAUUCUAUGAUUUUUUUAUUAUAAAUGAAGUUGAACCAGUUAUUCACUGACUACUACAAUACAAAAUUCAAAAUUAUAUAAUAGAUGGGUGUAUAGGUACUGCUACAGAUAUGCUACGCCCUCCAGCUUAAGGUAUAAGUCCACACAGAUUCAUUGUUCUGUUGAGAAAUGUGAUAUUGACUUGCAUUAGCACAGGCAGCUUCACACCUGAAGACGAACAGCAAUCCAAUCCGCUAUCAGUUAUUAAGAGUACCUUUGACUGAUUAUUUAGCUAAUGAUAUCAUUGAGUGAGCAGUCAGACAAACCAUACUUUCCGCUCCUUCAGCAAGCUAAGUGUGACUGAAGUUCUUAUUGCACACGGUGAGUACUAUGUUGAAAAAGAUGAAAUGGUUUCAGUUUUAUUCGUACAUUUUCAUUUAGUGAAAAGUACACACACACACACACACCAUAUAUAUAUAUAUAUAUAUAAUCAAAUAUAUAUGUAUAUAAAACCAAAAUUUCUUUUCCUAGGAGAUAAUGCAAAAACUACUUAAUAAAUACUUUCAAAUUAGCAGCUUUAACGCCAAGUUUUAGACUUUUUAAGUCCAAAAUUACCAAGUUUGAUUAGUUAUAUAUAUGGUCUACUUACUGAACGCUUGGCGGAUAUAUAUCAUUCAAAGAUUCAUAUUUAGAAAGAUGCAAAUAUUGUGAACAGAACGCUAUGAGACUUUCAAAACAUAAGCUAGAGACCAAGUUGUCAUAGAACUCUAUGAAAAGCAAAACAGAUUCUAAAUAGCUUAAAAAAUUAUAUUUGCAAAUCCACAGUAAUAGACAACUGAAACCUCAUAUUCGUGUGGUUAUUAACAAUUAAUUGCUUAAAAUCGUUAAAUUAUUGAUAAUUCCCCAUUUGAUGUUCAACCCCGGAUGUAUAAUGUUGUGUAUUUUGUGGAUGUUUCCGUAAGUGAUCAAUAUGUUGAUGUUUGUGUGUAGUAUAAUAACUUGUGAAAGCGUAAUGUUGUGUAUUUUGUGGAUGUUUCCGUAAGUGAUCAAUAUGUUAAUGUUUGUGUGUAGUAUAAUAACUUGUGAAAGCGUAAUGUUGUGGUUGUAUAAGCAUACACUAAUAUAUAUAUAAAAUAAAAAAGAAAAAUUUCAUUAAAUGUUUGUUGGCUGUAAGCAGUUCAAAAUGUUCUAAGAACUAAACUGUAAUAUGUAUUCUUUUAAAUCUGUGAAUCCUUGUUAUUAAAUACGAAAACGAGUCUAAAGAAGUAACCUUAAUAUGAAGAAAAAUAUUAAUUAAUAAAAUAUUUAUACCAUUGAAACAAUAUGCCUUCCAGAUUAAGGUGUUAUUUCGCUCAAGCUCGUUAGACGGGCAGGAAAUGUAAGAUUAACUAAAAAGAGUGAAUAUAGUUGCACAUUUUGUGGCAGCUUGCACGGAACCGAGUAGCCCGUAGUUUUCGCUCCUGGACUCCGUGCAUAUUAUUCUGUAACGAGGAUUCCUAUUAUCGCAUUAGGGAAUACUAAAAGCAAUUAUCGUAUUUUGUGUUACUCAUAUUUAGAAACCUGCUGACAUUAGUCGGAGAAUGAAGAAGCAGUAUAUGGCUUCAGAAAUCUUUGAGUAGAUCCUUUAAUGAGGCUCUCAUUGACAAGUAGUAUAGGUAAUGAUGUGAAAAGCUAGCUAAGCUAAGCAGUUAGUCAAAAGAUAUUUUUCCCUUGGAUAAUCUAGGCGUGUGUGUUACUGAAGCGCUGAUACACUUGUACUGAACGCGAUAGAUAUAAUUCUAAAAAUCAUGAAAUGACUUCGAUCCUAUUUGUACAUGGGUAAAAAAAAAAUGUUAAGAUUACUUUUUGACUCCUAAUCGUAUAUCUGUUUAAGUCAUUUAAAAGUGUUUAUCUUCUUAAGUGGGUUUGCUCUGAUAACUAUUAAACUCAAAGCUCUAUCAUUAAUAAUUGUUUCUUUUUCGCAAAUGAGCUGUAGUGUUACUUUAUGUCUAAAGUAGAAUAUAUAGUAGCAUAUUAGUCAAUUUCAUGUGUAUGAGUUCCUGCAACUAAAAUAAAUGUUCUCUUUGAAUGAGUUUCGUUUAAUUAAACUAUAUGCUAAUAUCCUAUAGAUGUGAAGUAUGUGAUUGUUCAAUGCAAUAUAUUACUUUUCAUAUAUCAUGAAGUAAUGUGAAUUAAGUUUAAAAAAAGUAAAAAAUACUUAUCGAUAUAUAUGUUGUAUCACAGAGUAAAAUGUUGUAUGUAUGUGCCAUCUUUUAUACUUCGUUGAAAUAAAUUUUUAAUGUUAU